GAAAAAUAGACCAAUAUUAUUUUUAGUUCAAAAAAAAAUAUAUAGUAGUUUGACGAUAGAAAUUAAAUUAAUUUACUUAUAUAUAAAUCACCUACGUAGGAUUUACCAAAAUUAAUCGUUUUAAGAAACUAUUGUUGUUAUAAAAUCAUAAAAUAGAUAAAAUAGAUUUCAUUUACAAAGUAGAAAAACUCAUUUUAACUUCAACUUUACACGUAAAAAUUACGAAGAUUUGCUCAAUAUUCCGGAUUUUUCUUAUUUAUAAUCAAUUUUUAUUUUUAUUUAAUUAAGUAAGUAUCGUAAUUAAUAAAAUAUUAGCAUGUAAUUAAAGCUACGAGCCUCUGAUCGGUAACGUUUCUACCAUAAGGACAUAGUAAGAUGUUUCGUUUUCGACUAAGAGUGACGUCAAAUAAGCAACCAAUGAGAAGCAUUUCUUCUCUGAGGCAACCUGAUAAUCUAAGACCUUGAUUUUUUCUUGCAAACGCUUCUGUACUAUACUAAUGAUUUUCGAUAUAUUAUGAUAUUUUCUCUGUAAAGGACAAAAUAUCUACAUUUAGAUAUAAAAUACUUACCCCCAUAUUCACCAACGCGAGUUAAACAGAGAGUUGAUGAACUCGAGGUUAGAUGUAACUCGAAGUCAGAUUACGAGUUACUCUUCUUUCGUAUUCAGAUAAAAAUUUAACUCUAGAGUUUCGCUACCCUAGAGUUAAUAUUUUAAAACAAUCCUGCGUUCGAGAUUAAACAAGUCUUCUUUCAUAAGCAGAGUUCUUAUUGGUUGAAAGCAAACACGUGUAUGAACCAGGGAGGAGACGAAUAGAAUAGAAUAGAAACACAUGUAGAAAAUGGCGGAAAGUGAAAUGGAAAGCUGUGCACGCCGCAAUUUUUCUAAUUUUGAGAAAGAAAUUCUUCUCGAAUUAGUCGAGAAACAUAAAAUUAUAAUAGAAAACAAAAAAACAAAUGCUGUUUCUUCAAAACAGAAAAGAGAUACCUGGGAGGUAUUAACGGAAGAAUACAAUGGAAUCCCGGGAGUGACGCUUAGAAAAAGUAAGCAGCUUUGGGACUGCUACAAAAACUUAAAAAAAAAGAGCCGUAAAAGAACAGGCUCAGAAAAAAACCGAAUUAUUUAAGACAGGAGGAGGAAACCCUCCUCCUGUCUUAAAUAAUUCGGAUGUAAUGUCUGAAAAACUCCUGUCGAUGGGAGUUUUAACACAGCCUUUAUAUAAUGGGUUUGAUAGUGAUGCCCAACCUAAUACAACAGAGAUAGCUGCAACUUUUGUAGAAAAUUCUCAAAGUAUAUGUGAUGUAUCUGCAUCUGAAGUUUCAGUUACACAUUUACCAGAAAUCACUAAUGUAAUGACUAUGGAAGUCAUUGAACCCACUGCAGAUUUUUAUAUUGAAAAUAUUGAUAAUCAGCAGAGUUCCACUAAUGAGAAAAAAAUUCAAAAUAAAAAAAGAAAACAGCCUGAAGCAGCUGAGGCAAUUUACGAACAAGCGAAGAAAAAAAAGCAAACUAUUGAAGAGGAGCAUGAAUUAAAAAUGAAAUUCAUGACAGAAGAACAUGAUUUGAAAAUGCUCCUAAUGAAAACACAAUUACAAGUCCAGCAAAAAAUAUUGCAAAUUUUAGAGGAUGAUCCAUCCAGUCUUAGAUUGCAAUUAAAUUAAUAUUGCAAUUAAUUUGUAAUACUUUUUUGCAAAAUAUAUAUUUAUAUACAGUGUAAA